UAUCGAACCGCCGAGCCGUGCGGAGCUCCCUACGUUGAGUCUCGCGUAUUGAGGCUCGCGAGAGAGAGCACGGCUCCGCUAAGUUUCGCUUCGUUUCGAGGUGGUGGACGGACCCGCCGGAUAUCUGGCAAGCGCGCGCGCGCGCCAUGACGUCCGGCGCUCACCGAUGGCCCGCCGCGCACCCCCGGAGCACGUCCUCGUCGCCGUCGUUGCCGCUCGUUUCGUAAAACGCCUUCACCGGGCGACCCCCGUUCUCGCGGGCGAUCCUCGAUAAUUCUCGAGCCAGGAAGAUUAGGGAUAAAACAUUGGGAAGAAGAAUUAGUUUAUAAGAAUUUGCAAGAGAGUGGAAAGAAACAUCGACGUGAAUAUGGAUACUGGACCUACACAGGGUAAAAAGCAAAUCCGCGUGGGAUUUUACGAUAUCGAAGGGACUAUCGGCAAAGGCAAUUUUGCCGUUGUAAAAUUAGCUAGACAUCGAAUCACGAAAACAGAGGUGGCUAUCAAAAUAAUCGAUAAGACUCAAUUAGAUCCUACUAAUUUAGAAAAAGUUUAUAGAGAGGUUGAAAUUAUGAAGCAAUUAGAGCAUCCGCAUAUCGUUAAAUUAUAUCAAGUUAUGGAAACGAAGAACAUGAUUUACAUGGUGUGCGAAUACGCGAGCAAAGGUGAGAUAUUCGACUACAUCGCGCGAUACGGAAGAAUGGGAGAGCCCAGAGCACGUGCGACAUUUGCCCAGAUACUCUCGGCGGUCGAAUAUUGCCACGUAACGGGUGUGGCGCAUCGUGAUCUGAAGGCGGAGAACUUACUUCUCGACGCUCAGAUGAACGUAAAGAUCGCCGAUUUUGGCUUCAGUAACAGAUUUGCCCCGGGAGAACGAUUGAGCACGUGGUGCGGCAGCCCGCCUUAUGCCGCUCCCGAAGUUUUCCGAGGAAAGCACUACGCUGGACCCGAAAUCGAUGUGUGGAGUCUGGGCGUUGUAUUGUAUGUGUUGGUGUGUGGCGCGUUGCCCUUUGACGGAUCGACUCUUCAAUCAUUGAGAGAUCGCGUGUUAAGUGGCAGAUUUAGAAUUCCUUACUUUAUGAGUACAGAUUGUGAAAGCCUAAUACGCAAGAUGUUAGUAUUGGAACCUUCCAAACGAUACACCAUUCCACAAAUUAAGAGACACCGUUGGAUGGCGGGAACGGCGGAUAGCAUUUGUUCAGUGAUCGUAACACGGCCAUCGUCGUCUAUUCAGGAACCAAAUGAGCAAAUACUUCGAUUAAUGCACAGCUUAGGAAUAGACAUUAGUCGUACUAGAGAGUCUUUACGAAACAGCAGCUAUGAUCAUCAUGCUGCUAUCUAUUUCUUACUGCUAGAAAGAUUGAAGCAACAUCGUGUCAGCACCAUUAAUAAUACCUGCUGGUCUACUGCAAGAACAAAAGAAGAUAAAUUUAAAUCAAGAGCAAGGGACGAUGCGGGUAGAGGGAACAAAAGAUUUAGCUCGACGAGUUCCUCGACCGAUGAAGGUUGUUGUAGCGCGGAGGGCGACUUGGAGGAAGGUCCGAGCGGCGACGAGUUGCGCGAAGCACAGAUCAAACUUGAAGAGCACCGAUUAGGCCUAGAUCACGAUAUCAGUCAACGAAUUGACAGCCAGAUAGUCAAUCGAAGAUUAAGUGACUAUCAACAUCAUUUUGAUAACCCGCUUAUGGAUUCUAUUGAUCCACCCAGUCGAACGACCCUGUUUAUGGCGGGCGGCAGCGGUAGCUCGUCGUCGGAACUCUUCGAGUCCAGCUUCGAUUCUGGCUGCCCGCCAGAUUAUACGGGGACGAAUUGCUUUACGAGCAGCCUACCGUCUUGCACGCCACCACCGCCCAAAAGUCCAUCUCCCAUCACUGGUAGAAUAUCCCGGGUGUCUCAAGGACGAAGAGCAUCCGAUGGUGGACCUAGAUUACUCUUCUGUCAACAGAGCGUCGGCGAUAGGCCGUCCAAGCAGAGAAGUAUUCAAGAUUCGGGAAAAGCUCGAGGUCACUUGGAUCUAGUCCAUCUUAGACCACCGUCCACAUCACCCGAUAAUCAGCAGCAAUUUAAGAUGCGCGGCGAUUCGGGCACGCAGCUGCAGCUUUUAGUGCAGCAGCGGAUGUUGCAGCAAAAGCGUAACUUGUAUCAUCGGCACAGAGGCGGCGGUAGUCCGACCCCGAUCCCAGUUUCAACUAGCGGUAGCGGUACCAGCAGACGCGUCGAUCACGUACCGAGACAAGACAGCUACAAGCUGGCGCAACGAACCCAGAUCUUGCCGCCUCUCUCUCAGGGACAUGACAGAGACUUCGAUAGAAGCAGGAAACGGGACGAGGAAAGGUGGAAGAGUCUACCAUCCCGAUUGGCAGCGGACUGUCAAUUAACGGAGAGAUCGCUAAUAUGGAGCCAACAGGUAAAUUCAUAAAGAAGCUACAGUGUAAGGAUAGAAAGGCUAGAUCAGGCAAAUCUAUGAUUGAAACGACAUGUAUAGCUAUUGGUGAAUUUUUUUACAAUUGGACUGUGAUUUCUACACAUUCUCUAGUUGAUGGAAAUAAAAUUAAUCGAUACGUAAUAUAAAAAGCUGGAAAAUCCUUGUACAUAGUUCACUCAAUGUAGAAGAUAAGAUUUUUAUUGAGAGUGUCUUGACAUUAUUGUAAAUGCUUUACAUACAUUUACAAUAAUGAACCAAUGUACAUAAUGUUAUUUAGUACCUAUAUAAAAAAUGUUAUUUAGUACCUGCGGUUUAUUAGCACAAUUAUUUAUGUUAAA